AACCUUGGAUAUUGAAUCAUAUCAUGUUAUAUUAAAACUCAAGAAACAUAUUUUCACCAAUUUCAACUAUUAACUCUUCUUUUUCCUCUAUCAACCCACCAGAUUAAGGUUAAACAGAUUAGUUGAUCAACAAUAAUGUCUUUAAAUUUUCUAAUCAACACCAACAACAUGAAGCAAAUUGUCAGCCAACCAAAAAUCCCAAGAAACAAAUUGAAAAACAAGUCUGAAAGGUUGAAAUUUUCACCCGAAAAAAAUCAGAUGUCCAAGCUUCCCUAAUGAUGGACCAGUCAAUGAUUAAAAUAAGAUAAAUAAUUAAAAAACAAUUUAAACACAAACUAAAGCUACAAUUUAAAAAUUGUGACACCAAAAUCAAAGUAAAACAUUUCCUACAAACCAAACCAAACAAGCCAAGAAUUGACAUGCAACAUCAACCCAAAGACAAAAUGCAACCUAAAAUGAUUCUGGAUUAACCUAAACCAUUGAAAAUUGUCUAAAAUUUAAUCAAAAUAAAGACAAUUAAAAAUGGGUUAAAGUGCAAUAAAAGGAUCUUCUAGAAGCUGAAAAAUAUCAACAGCAGAAAGUAAAACCAGAAAAGGGGAAAAACAAAACGGAUAAACAUAGUUAAUCCAAAUCAGUUUCACCGUUAACAGGUAGAUUAGAUGUUUUUGUUUUCACUUUCUCAUCCUUUCCAUCAUCAUUUCAUCCUUUCUCAGCAUAAUUAUUAUAAUCAAAAGUAACCCUGUUUAUCCUAAAGUUGAACCAGUAAAAUGAAGCCUAAAAAUCCCUCCCAACAUCCUCUUCACCAUUACCUUCACUUAUUGUUACACUCAUCAUCUCAAUCUUCCCCUUUCCUUUCUUCCUCACCAACAUCUUUCGAACCCAAAAUGAAGACAAAUUGUCAUCCCGUUAACCUUAUCCUGGUCAGCCAUAAGGACACUACCAUUGGGCGUACAUCAUCAUCUUAAUCAUAAAUCCUUAAUGAUGAUACAACAACAAUUGAUAACUUACUAAGUUGAUAUAAUAGCAACAUAAUUCUCGCAACAUUAACCAUUUUAAGUUUACUCAUUGUUGGCUUAACGUUAGUCUUUUUUGUGUGUGAGUCCGUUUGUUUCACUGACAACAUCCAUUAUCAUCAUUUGACCAGGUUGACCAUUAAAACUUCAUUUCACUUUCACUCCAGUUAAAGUAAAGAAGAAGAAGAAGCAGGCGAAAGAAGGGAAAAAGGAAUUUCUUUUUUUUUUCCUUUUCAUUAUUCCAUCAUUUUGUGAUGAUAACGAGUUUAAACCUUUUCAAAUGUUCAUCUUCAAUCUAAAGUAAAAUCAAAUUGACCAACGCCACCUUUGACCAUCCAAAGACGAAAGAUUCCUGUGGAAAGAAAUAACAUUUUCAGUGACAUUUUUUUUUGUUCGGAUACAAAUUUCGACCUUUCAAGACUGAUCGACUUUUCGGGCUAAUGCAGUGUUUGAUUGGCAACACAAUGUUUCCGGUUAAAAUUGUGAUACUUUUUGUUAUUAUUUUCAUUCAACAAUUCAAUACAAUCCAAUCAAAAGAUGAAUCCAUUUUAUCGAGAUUUGGUUUUGCUUGGGAUUCAUUGAUACCAAGUGAAUCAUACAAUUCUGCCAAUCGUUACAUCCAGCCAAUUGAGCCAUUAGUUAUUGGUAAUCAACCUGGUCCAUCGGCGAUUCAUCACAAUGGUCAUAGUCACUGGGAACCCAUGAUUGUACCGCAAUCAACAAGAAAUCGAAAAGUUUGGCAACCUCUUUCUUCAACUGUCGGUUCUGAUCAAACAGAACAGGAAAAAGAAACAGUCGAGGAAAACAAAGGUGAGCCAAGUUCAGAAAAUGUCGACAAACGGUGGCCUUUGAUUAGCAAGGAAAAUAUUGAAUCCGAGAUAUUCCGUGAUGAAUGGCGAACAGAGAAAUCUCCAAUUCUUGGUUUAACCAGUAACGGUCCUGAUUGGAACAAUGGGGAAGAUCCAUUUUCACGAAUUGAUAAAUCGGUUCCACACAUAACAACUCCUAUUUAUCACCGAGAUGUUGAAGAGAUUCGCAAUGAACGAAAAACGGAAAAUGGUUAUGAUAAAUCAGUUUCAAGAACAAGUAAAAUCUCAUGGGACGAUAAAGAAGAGUUUAGAGGUUCAAAUGAGGGAAAACAGGUUGAACCCAUUGUUGAUGAUCGUGAAUCAAUUAUCAUAGGUCGUCCAGGUGAAGGAGAUGAUCAAGCAGUGGCACCAUACAGUCCAACAAGACUUCAAAAUAGACCAGGAAUGGUUGCUCCUUUAUUACCAGGAAAUCCAUCAGCUCCAGCAGCUCAGCCUCAACCAUCAACUUUUGCUCCUCCUCAAAAUCCAGUGACAGUUAGGCCAACCGUAGCUACUUCAGUGAGAACAGCUUUAGGGUUAAAUACUGAGCGACCAAAUAAGAAAUAUGUUUGGUUUGAAAUGGCAAAGAAAAAAUCGGCUCGAUCUUCUGGUCGCCAGGAAAUUACCACAACUCAAUCUCCUCAAGACUAUUUCACGGAAUCUAUUACAGCAACAGCACCAUCUUCAGCCCCUCAGAAACAAAAGGCACCCAAAAAGGCAGCAAAACAACCAAAAACCAGUAAACCAAAGGUAACCAAAUCAGUCUGGGGAUUGAGAAAUGCACAAUCAGAUAACUUGAAAUUAGUAGAUCAAAACAGAUCAGAGCCAUCACCACCUUCAACUAUUGUGACUGAAAUCACUGGUACGCCAAUAAUUACAUCAACUCGAGUACCUUUCUGGGCUGAUACAUCAACAAAAUCAACAGAAGAUCUAAUCAAAGAAUGGGAAGUUAUUCCAACAGCCAACACUAAUAACGGGGGACGAAAUGCCAAUACAAGAAACACCAACACUGAACCAAAAAAGAAUAAUCUGAAAAAACGAAAAGGACAAUCAGCUGAUACAAUUACAACAACGACCAAUUCACCAGUAUAUGUACCAACAUCACAAGCUUCAUUCCCAACUUUCAAUCCAUUCACAGAGACUCGAGCAACAUCAAACAACCAAACCUUCAAAUCUUCAGCAUCUAAACAGGCUGCAAAGAAGCAAGGUAACACUAACGAUGGAAGUUUCAAUUAUAUGACUAAAAUUGAUCACGGACCUUCACCUUCACCACCAGCAUCAUCAGCAUUUUCAUUCCCCUCAACAUUGUCAACAGUCGGUAAUGACCAAAGAAGUGGUCGAUUGCAAACCAAAGGAGGCUCAAGUGGUAAAAAAGCCUCUAAAUCAAGUCCAUCAAAUAACAAGAAACGUUCAUCUAAACAAAAACAAGCCAAUAUCUCAUCAUCAUCUUUAUCAGCAUCCUCAUCGUCUGAUGAUGCCAGUAAAAGAUUUGAUAAACUGAUUCGAACAACAAAUAACCCUUCACUCGCAACCCAAACUGUGCCAACAACUGCCAAAAUUUUUAACCCAACAACAACCUUUGCCUCGCCAACAACUACAACUCGAUCAAUCACAACAACAACUCAGCAAGCGACUACAGUGACAACAGUUAAGGCUCCUAGUUCACCUGCAACAACUUACCGUUCACUUGUGACUACCAAUCAACCCGUUUUCACAGUAACACCAACCUUUUCAUCAGACAUUGAGGAUGUAUCGAUUAUACCAAAUAGAGUUCCUGGUGAAGGUUUAAGAAAAUUAGGAAACUUAAUUGUCCCGCCAAACCAACGAAGUAAGGAAACUGAAGAAGAAUUGAAAGAAGUUCGCUUGGAAGAUCUUUUACCAGGUAUUCCUAAUCAGGAUUACUCAACCCUCAAGACAGUUCCUAAAACAGCUUUCCGUUGCUCUGAUCAACAAUAUCCUGGUUAUUAUGGUGAUGUUGAAACCAAAUGUCAAGUUUUCCACAUUUGCCAAUCUGAUGGACGUCAAGAUGAUUUCAUUUGCCCCAUUGGAACGGUUUUCAAUCAAAUGCUGUUUGUGUGUGACUGGUGGAACAACUUCAGAUGUGAAGAAACACCAAAUUAUUACGAGAUGAAUGCUAAUUUAUAUGAUUAUUCAAAGGAUCCAAGUGCUAGUAACAGUGGCACCACUAGUAAUGUUAAUAAUACUAAUAAUAAAAAUAACAAUAAUAGGGAGAUCGCUACCCGUUUUGGAGAUAAAAUGUCUGGAAAAAGCGAGAAACUCGUCAGCGAGAAUGAAGAAACCACUUCAGCUGGUGAAUUGCCCAGCACAAGCUCAGUCUAUUUUGUAGAUGAUUACAAGGAAGCUACUAAAGGUAAAUCAUCGGCGGCCAAAUCUAAAAGUUCAUCUUCACCUUUAACUGUUGGACGACGUGCCAGUGCAGCAUUGGAAAGAGAAUCCGAACCAGUCGAAGAUGUUAACAAUAAUAAUUCACAAGAAAAUGGAAAAAGAAAAGCAAAUUUUGAAAGAAACGUCAGUGACGAUGUUGAAUACUUUUUCAAUGAUGAUUCUUCCACCCUCUCACCAGCAUCACCAUCAUCUUCACUGUCAUUGAAUUCACCUUCAUCCUCUUCAUUUCUCAGCUCUGAUGAUACAACGCCAACCGAUCUGUAACAACAAAGUGUAAACAUAGAUCAUCAUUGAAACAUUCAACCAUUCACCAAUACAUCAACUGUAAAUGAGUGAAAACCAGCAAAAACAAAGAGACAUUAUUUUUCUUGAAAAGAAAAGCAAAAUUAAUGAAUGAACCCUUGAUAUCAAUAGUGUUUUUUAUUGUUAUUGUCAUGAAAGUCCAAAUUUCAUUUAUUGAUGUAUUUGUAGCCUUUUUCCUCCAACUCAUGGCUAAUCACCUAUUUUUAUAAUUUCUCUAUCAAUUUCAAAUGCUAUUAUUAAACGGUUUUUUAUUUUUA